AUGGGCACGACGUUCUUGGCGGAGGUUCAGGCUGUGAAGCUUGGCUUGCAGCAUUGCUGGGAUCUAGGCGUGCACGAUGUGGUGUGCUUCACAGAUUGCACUGGUGUGGUGGAGGCUCUCCAACCUAAAGUUGCAGUAGAUCAGUGUUGGGACAGAGAUGUGCUAUCCUCAGUUAAGGACUUGCUCAAGCGUGACUGGACAGCUAAGGUGGCCUUGGUUGCCAGGGAGCGUAACACAGCAGCUGACACUCUUGCCUGCACGGCGACGAACGUCGACGGACCUCCCAGGAGAUGGGGUCAACCACCCUCAAGCUUGGUCCAAGCCUUGCUUGUGGAUGGUGUUGGAUAG